AUGAUAUUCGAGCUCAUGCCUUAUCGAGCAUGUUUUCCCAUUUUGAAAGUAUUUUAUUCUGCCGCAGCAAAUGGUAAUCACAAUAAGGAUUUUAAGAAAGAAGAUUUAGUUAUUACUAAAGCCGAAGUCAAUGAGGGUAAUACUGUAAAAAAAACUAAAAGUUCGAGCUCGACGACCGAGUUAUGCGAUAAAAAGGCCAAGUUGUCAUAUACGUAUUGA